GCAAGGUUGUGAAAAAUCAAGCGAAUUCUGUCUGUACCCCUCCCAUUACGAGGAUCAAGUCUUGAUGAUUCUUAGUUUGUGAUCAUCUUUUCCAGAAGUAUUUACUUGUACUUCUAUUUAGAUUCAUCUGCUCGACUGCACCGGCCCCUUGUUGAGAUACAUACCUAGGAGCCUUGGUGCUUGCCGGUUCAGAGCAUAUAGUGAGCUUGUUGUACUUCAAGCCGUCUAUAUCUAUGUACUUCUAGUUUGUCGAUAUUCACAUCAUGAUUUUGUCUGGUGGAAGCGAAGUAUUUUCCGGGAGGGGCAGUUGUCAAGGACGAAUACUACACACGAAUUAGGAGCAGAAAAACACAAGUGGACAAAAAGACACUUUUCUGGUUCAUGGCCCGUUGCCAGGUUUUCCCAUUCUUGCGCAGUCACGAUGCCUGAGGAGUCCGCUUCGCACACUGCAUCUUCAAGAACCCUGAGCGAAGCAAUUCUGAAAACGGCAAGCAAGCAGAACGCAUCGACCAGCACGACCACGAUGGCGCCGCUCCAAGAAGGACAACAGGGCGAAACGUCAGCCUUUUCCUCCCCCACGUCCACACCGGCACAACCGCCCCGCAGCAAUGCUGGUGGCCGGACCCCAAGUAGUUCCUCAACCUCCCGCGCCGGCGCGGCACUUUUGCCCAACCCGUGGCGUGGACGCAUGGUCCAGACACAGCACGACGGUAACAAGUGGGGACUGGUGGUUUUAGAAGAUGAGGAUAACGACACGCUGCACGUGCAAAUUGGUUACGUGUCGCUCUGCUCCGCCCGAACUCCGCCGGCGUCGCCGAGUAGGAGGCCGAGCAAGGAAAACUCAAGGCGGUCGAGUAGAUCCAGGGCGGGGUCGGCCGGCGGGGGGAAUGGGACGCCGACUGCAGUGAGUAAAAGCAGUCGGAGACCGUCGGAGGUACUAGGUGCAAGAACCCGGUGAAGUUUGUGCCGGAACACUUUUUUUAAUUUUCCUCGUGCCCUGGCGUGUCGUUUGGAUUGCUACAACGUUGCCGCACCGACUCAUACAUAAACAAUGUUGAACACCUACACAAACUCAAAGACUGAUAGUGCGAAAAUGUUUCUAAGUAGUCCGAGGAAAAAACACAUCAAAUCAGGACCAAACCGACACAAUUUUCAACGAGCCCACGGCUGGUGAGAAAGAGGAAGUCGUUCUGGUCAGCAAGAAAAAGAUACUCAAUUCUUCCUACGCACCGCUCGGGGUUUGCCUCUACACGAAAGUCGGAAUAGGUGUGCUAGUCGGUUUCCGGCCGGAAAACGACUGCCACAUACUGCGAUUACCGCACAGCAGCACCACAGCUUACCUGCAACGGGACCAGUUGGUUGGGAUAAGUCCCGCGUGUCCGGAACUUCCGGUGACAACGCCCUACGGGGUAGGCAUCUGCGUGCGGAAAUCGGAGAGUUAUGACACGUAUAGAAGAAGUCGGCUUUUGCUCUAGGACGAGCUGUAGCUGCGAAUUUAUUAAAUCGUUCCCUCUCCUUUGCAAAAUUUCUUCCCCAGGAAGUUGAACUUCGAGAUGGAGAUCGUCUUCGUCAAGUUGUUCCACAAAUGAAAUAAUGCCUAAACGAACCUACAGAUGGACCAUAAAGCUGAAUCACCACGAGCACGGCGGGACGGCGUACCUGAAGGCGGACAAGAUCAACUGUGACGCACGCUUUGUCCCACUGGUCGAGGCUGGAAAGCGGAAAUGGAAGCGCAAACAGUGGAAGACCUACACGCUACUCGCGAAACUGCAAAAAGUCGCACAGGAGUCGGGCGUCAUCGAAAAAAUCACCACGGCGUAUGAGGAAUCCUCCGCCGAGUUCUCGUCCGUCUACGACACGGCCAAAAAAGCCUGGGACACCACCGUUGACGUCGUCGAGAAAGAGGUCGUGCUCCCGACGAUAGGGGAGACUUUGACAGGUGGAUCUCCUACUACUUCCCCAGGCAAAGACAGCGAAGUUGUAGACAAAAGCGCAGCAGCACCGGACGGCAAUGUCGACAACCAGGAUCCGCUUGUCGCGUCCACAUCCAAAUCGCCCUCCCCCCCAGAGUCCGGAGAGGAAAACGCCUUCAAAACGCCGCCCAUAGACGACAACGAGCUGCAGUCCGCCGAGGAGUCCUCGCCGGAAGAGAACGACGACGGUACCAUUGUCGACGGCCAAUUUGUAUGCAUUGCAAAAGUAUCGUCCUAUUUCAAGUAUCAUGAAGCGCAUUACAAAUUUGCUCAACACGACAAAUAGAAUUUGUCGUGCUAAAUUGCCUAAGUACCCUGAUUUGUAAUGCAAGUCUGGCAUUUAUACGACUGCGAUACUCUUGCAGUCCAUAAUUUGCCGACGCGCAGCAGGGGGACGAGGAAUUUGUCAAAGCGCAAAAGUACGUCGAGGAAGAGGCAGACCGGCUGAAAAAAUUGGCGGAAACGAAGCUGGAGGAGCACGCGGACAUUGUCCAGGAGGUGUACAGCCAGAUCGACAAGUUGGAACACCAGAAGGAGAAAAUGUUGGAGACCAUGGCGGAAUUUGGGGAAAAGGCAGCUUUGGAAAUUGGGAAGGACGAAGACGUGAAGGAAGUGGUGAAAUUAGUGGAACAGGCGAAAGAUGAAGCGGCGCAAGUAUUUUUUAGCAUGUAAUUACGGAUUUGUUAUGCUUGCUGCGAGUGCGAUGUCAUCGAUCGACAACCACGAACUGCAGGUGCAGGUGAUAGGAACCGUGUUUCAACAGAGAAAUCAAACGAAUUUGCUUUUGCAUGGUUCGCAAGAUCAUGCAAAAGUCCAAAAAUCAUGCCACCCGCUACGAGAAGCGGACACAAAUACCACGUAGGAAUAUAGUGCUCAUGAAGAACCGCGAAAACAACAUCCAAAUCAGGUCCUCGCCUCCGAACUGGAGAAGGGCGCGAAGGUGUACGAGUCCUCCAAAAUGGCCAACCUGGUCAACGAAACCUCGAAACGCCUCCAAGAAAAGCUCGACUAUGCAUUGCAAAAGUAUCGUACUCGUAUAAAUGCGAGUCUAGCAUUACAGAUCUGCUUUCUUACCUGAAUCUGCAUGACAAAUUUCACUUUUCUUCUAUGAAAAAUUUGUCAUGCAAUUCAUACUAGUACGAUACUUUUGUAUUGCAUAUCGACAAGCUGUCUGCGAUUUCCGGACAGAAGUUGGAAGAAAUCUCCACCACGCCGGAAGCGAACCAGCAGGGCCAGCAGCUGAACAAGGGACUGCAGGUAUCCUGUGUAAAAACGUCCCCACCCCAGAGUUGUCAUGCAAAUGCGCAAUGACAGAAACGCUUGUAAUGCGCAUCUCCUUGAGAGGCAUUUCCAGUCGUAUUUUGGAAUUCGUAAUGCUGUAAACAGGAUGAGCAAGUGGCUUUCUCAUGCGGCUUUCCUUGCUAACCAGCACUACACUGCAGAUAGAAACUUGUCAUGCAGAAGUCCCAAAACUUGGAAAUUUGUGUUGCAGGUUUCCCAUCUUAGAUCUGUGAUGCUUCGGAACUAGCUAAACAGGAUUACCACACUACGAGGACAAAUUUGUCGUGCGAAACAAUCAAAGCUGGUUGAUUUGUCUAGCAGAUUUCCCAUCUUGACUAGGGGACUUGUCAGAUUUUGAUCCGUAGGGGGUUUUCGUAAAAGAUCCGUAGGGGUUUUCGUAAAAGAAAGUCAAAUAGAGGUAAGAUUCGGUGGAUAGGUAAGUGAGAGUCGGUUAUUCGUGUUAGGCCGUAGAAGGUUGCCACGUCGUUAGCGCAAGGUUUUGACUAGGUAUGAAAACAAAUAGCAACAAAAUAAAAGCCACAACAAAGAUACCAGCACCUCCCCGAUGAAGGGGAGGUGUUUGCAUAAUGUGCCUUUCUCUCAUUUCCAAAAUCUUAGACUCUCUUUUUUUUCUGAUUAGGGGGAAGUCCUUGCAUGAGGUCCGAGUUAAGACACAUAUGCAUAAGCUGUUCCAGGUCAAGGCAAAAGUCAUGGAUAAAAAUGCAGAGGGAGCAUAGGUGUUCUACUUGUAUGACAGGUGAUAGACCGCGUCUGCAGGUUUCGAUUAACAAAAGACUCUGAAUGCGUGGCACUAAGCCUUCAUGCGGGUAACAACAUCUGGAGAAGGAUUUACAUUUAUGGAAAAGACUUCAGCUGCAUUUUUAGAAGUGAAAAUAUGUAUGGGCAUUGGCUUGGAAGAGCAAAUAUGUAUGCAAAAGCUCCACGUGUGAAAUUCAAGAAGUGUCUUAACAACUAGAGGACGAGACUUCGCUUGGAUAUUGGGGCAAAAAAGAGAAGCAAGCGCGGAAAAGGCAAUGAAAAGAAAAGAGGCGCCAGGUACGAAUGGGUCUGCGACCUCCUUGCUAUCGUGUUGCCGCACCAUAGCGAGGUAAGUGUCAGACUCACGGAGCUAGCCUGUUUAUCGGAGCAGCAGACCAAGACUGAAGGGCUGGACGGGAAAGGUAUUGACGUUUGAGCGCUCUGCGCCUGAAACGUCACACAUAGCAACAGAGAUCAAACGGGCGCCACGAUUACAAAUUUCGCCGAUGUUGCUAUCUGGAGGCAAAUCGCAGUCGCAUCGCAACCCCGGGAGAAAAUAUCAAAGACAAAGAUGAGAAAAGGGAAAGGCACGCAACUAGGUGAAGCGCACUUUUGUGCAUCUAUUUCUCAUCGAGUCCAGCAGAAUGAGCCAAGGACACCGCCACCAAUCCGUCAGCGGCCGCCCCAGGGUGGUAGGUGUCGACCAGACCGACGGCGAUAUAUUCUGCUGGGUGUGGGAUAUAGAUUGCCAAAAGAGGAGGGAAGUAUGUCAAAAUAUGCAUGAAUUGAGUGUGACUCCCGGUAGGGAAGAGCACUAGUGAGCUUGAAUUACCUCUAAGUAUUUGAAACUACAGUUUGGCAUGCAGAGGUAAGGCAAGCUUGCGCCACCGAUCUAUGGGAGGCCCGGAUAAUUAUUGAAACUGGAAGUGAAGUUGUCAUGCAUGACUUUGUAUUGACUUGUAUGAAGAGCCUAUGCACCGUGUAGGGCUAAGAUUUGUAUGAAAAAGAAAUUUGUAUGAACGCUUCCAGGUGCGAUAAUUUCUGGUAACAUUCUAGCGGCAAUAAUAGUACCAGUCUGGGCCUCUGCAAGGAGGUAGGAAGACAUACUCGAGGCAGGGCGCCAACCUCUUUGCGUGCUAGGGCCGAGGCCCCUUUUCCUUUUCUCCAAAUUUUUUUUGCAUGCGGGUAGCCGUGUAUGUGUGUGAUGCAAAAGAACAAAAGUUGUUCGCGCGUGGGAGCGCAUUAGUAAGCACAACGGGUGGGUGCCGUUCUCACCGUAACACAAGCCCAGAACAAGAACAAGAACAAGCGAAUCCCCUCCCGCAGGCAAAAAAAAAAAAGUUUCCCAUCUUGAAUAUGGUGUGGGGACGUUUUUACGCAGGAUAGCAGGACUUCAUGGACCGGAUUGCGCAGAAGAACGCGGUGUGGCAGGCCAAGGGCACGGCUUUGUUCGGUUCGGUACAACGACGGUACUUGGCCGGCCCGGACGGGUGGAUCGCAAAGACGAGGAAAAAGUUACAACUCGUUUUAAAAGAGGACCAGCUCGGGCUGAAACAAUGGGAUUUUACCACCUACACGAACUCCUUCCAAAAACAGGCGAACGAAUUGAACACCGAGGUAACAGAAUCCGCUUUCGGAGAGCAGAAGGAACGGGCGAAAUUCACCAAGAAAGCAGUGAAUUCCGCGGCGGAGCAGCUGGUGGCGAUCGCGAAGCCAGACGAAUCCGCAGCGGAGCUGUUAGCGAAAUUGGACCGAAUGCGGGGAAUGGAUAUGCUAGAAGCGAUAGAUCUGCAGGGUAGAAAGAUGAAUGUUGUGGCUUUUAUGCCAUUAUGGUGCUCCUACAGCACCAGGACGAUCGUUGUGCCUUUUGAUGUUUGCUAUUGAUUAAUCAAUGAAUGAGGCCUGCGCUACUUCCGCUUGCGAAAAGCUUUGUUUUAACAAUCCAGCGUGUGAACAAAAAAAAAGGUAUCCUCGACAAGGCCGGCAUCCACGUUCCUUCGUAUGUGGCCACCUACUUCCAGGAAGACAACACCCCAGCGAGCACAACUUCUCAAAACGACGACGAUUUCAAGUUCGACGUGUCCACGCUUACCAACGCCAAGGGGGAAAAAGUCCUCCAGAAGGUGCUCGACGACCAAAAUCUUGUCGGAAAGGCGCAGGAAAUGGUCGGGCACGUGGAGGGGGUGCUAGAUAAAGUAUCCGACCUGGCGCAGAACAAGACGGUGCAAUCCUUGCUCCAAAAUGUGAUCGGAACUAGCAACCAAACGGAGCAGCAGAUCGCCACGUAUGGCACAGACAUGGGGGAAACGUUGAUGCAGAAACUGGAGACGAUCGACGUCGACGAGGCGCUGGAAAUGACAGAGAAGACGUUAGCGGAUCUGCAAGACCCAGUCAAGCGCGCACAGAUGGUUGACAAUUUGGUCGAUUCUGCGGUGGACGGGUUGAUGUCGCUUUUGCCAAAAAUUCACAUCGACAACAUGGAAGGGCAAAGUCACGACUUCAGCUAUCUGGUCGGAAAUAUCGACCUGGGCGGUUUCAAACUGCGCAAGGAGUGCGUCAACGUGAAGAUAAACUUUGAGACCGCCACGACGGAAAAUUUGCAGGAAGGGUAAGUUUGUAUACAUUUCACCUGGCUGCAGCACUCUAUUUGUGUUUUACGAAGAUUUUUCGUCUGCAAGGUCGUGGUGCGAGCUAAUAUGUCUCCUGUGAAGAUGCAAAGCAACCUCAUCGUUAUUGUGCAAGUAGUACGAGACUCUUACACAGUACUAGACCGACUUUAUUUAUUACGUAUCCAGGUUCGAGCUGGUUUCCCUGCACGCGUGGAACAUGUCCUGCAUCCUGGAAAAGGUGCACUUCAGCUUCGAGCAGCAGAAUUUUCCCUACCUCAAUGGCGAGGGGAUCGCGAAGUGCUUUGCCUCGGACAUUUCCCUUCGCCUCGGCUUUUCCGUCCGCUGGAAGAAUGGGGCGCCGCAAUUAUACAUGAGCCGAAGGAUGGUCGUAUCCAGGAAAAAACACCCAUCCCCAUCCCUUUUCUGCAUGACAAACACUGCAACUCAUGCAUGUUUUGCAUGACAACUUGGAUGGGACUCGGUGUUUUUUCCUGGAUAAGUCGACAUCGACUUCUUGACCAUGGAAAUCGAGGAGUCUUGGUUUUCCGCUCUGUACAAUGUUCUGAUUUCCGCGUUUUCCAACUUGAUUCGCAACUACGUCAACGACAAGAUCGAGGACCAGAUCGACCAAAAUGUCGGGCUGCUGACCGGGUCUUUGGACACACUACUCACCUACGACGCAGUGAAACCCUGGCUCGCAAGUCUAGCGCCAAGGGACAAGGACGGGAAGAUUCUCCCCGAAGUGAUACCCGUCAACGACCCGAGUAAAGAGGGUGCGGCCGACAAAAACCGGCUCCCGCUAUCCAGCGAGCGGCGCGCGCUCGCCGAGGCGAAGAAGAAGGAGCAGGAGGAGUUACGGAAGAAGCAGAAGAAACUCGGGUCGCCGAAACAAGGCGCGUUGUCGCCCUCGAGAAAGAUCGACCCCAACGCCUACUACCAGUUCAAACCGGAGGGCAGAACGGUCGGGUUCAGCGCAGGAAGUGGUGCCAACAAUUCAGGGCCGAAUUUUUCAGGUCAGCAGCAAGCGCAAGAGCGGCGGUCCGAGCAGGAGUCGCUUUCGGAUUUAGCGUCCGCCCUGGCGCAGAUGACCGUGAUGCGCUCGAUGCUAAAGUCGUUGAAAACGGGAAAACCGGUGACAAAAGGGCAAGUGCAACAGGUUCUGUUCUCCGCUCUGUUCGCGGUGGAGGACGAAGCGGUAAAGCAGUGUUUGUCGGAAAUCCACGAAAUGCUAACCAGGGUGAACAACAAAACUAGUAGUUCGUCGUCGAAACAGCCUAGUGCUUCUUCCACUUCCGGAAGUAGUACCACCGCCGACGGAGCUUCAUCCAAAGACGCAGCUGGCGGCGGUCUGUUCGGGCGUGUGGGCGGGUUUGUGAAAUCCGCUGUUUCCACCGCAAGCGCGGCAGUUACCUCCGCUUCUUCCCCCCAGCCGCAGAACGCCACUGCUGCGAGCAUGCAGGAGGUGAUCUCUGGGGAUGAGAGGAAACAGCUGAUUUUCGCGCUUGGUUUGGCGCUUUCCUUACCCAAGUUUCAGCAGCCGACUUUGCAGGUGCGGGAAAUGAACAAGAAAUGUUUAAGAAACCGGAAGGAACAGGACCCGAACAAGUUGAUUCCUCUGUCCGAACUCCGGGAGUUGACGAUUUUGUGGUCGGAUAUCCAGGAAAAAACACCCAUCCCCAUCCGAUUUGUCAUGCAAAACAUGCAUAAAGUCCACUAUUUGUCAUGCAAAAAAUGGAUGGGGAUGGGUGUUUUUUCCUCGAUAUCGGAUUUCAACCGGAAGAUGAUGGAAGAUCUGAACGCGCUGAAGGAGAAGGCGACGGAGGAAGUGGACCUGAUUGUCGUGAAAUCCGCGAAGUUCAAAACCGUUGUCGGGAACUUGAACAUCUGUCAAGACGCAUUGCUGAAAAUCAAGAUGGACCUCACUAAAUCCAGCCAGUUGCGGGACAGAAGACAGUUAGAAACGAUCAUUUUGCACUUAUUGGAUGCGAUCCGGUGUCACACCGACGGGUCGGAUUUGUUGCACGAGCUGACCGACGAACGGCAGCGGCAGAGGAGGAGCCGGGGAAGGACCGGGUCUGCAGGUAGCCAGUCCAGCAUGACGAGUCAGGCAUCCACACCCGCGGGAGGCGGCAGCCCGGUCGUGGGUGGUAUGGGAGGAAAAGACCACCAUAUGCUUCCUGGGGCUGCCGGGGGAAAGAAGUGAAGCCUUGGUUUUUGUUGUUUUCGGGGCGGAGCGAUGUCGUGAAGCAGAUUUUGAUCCUCGCGGCUCUAAUGAGAUACCGAGCUGAUGUCUGCCAUGGUGAAAUUUUGAUUUUCGAAGAAAAGACUAAAAUGAUCAUGAGUAAGUAGAGCUUCAUCUUCUGAAGACUCCUACGCGCUUUAAGCUUCUCCCACUGUUUGGUGUCGAAAAAGACUACGACCUCCAAUCGUGUUAGUUUGAAAUCGGCGCAUUUUGAUUUCUUUUCACACGAUGGAGAAAAAAGAAAAAACUACUCGAGCGCAAGAAGCGUAAGCGACGUAACAGCACCAUCACAGCCCGGGCACCUAGGGCUAGGCGUAGCAUCGCUGGACAUCAUGAACAUGUCAAGCCAGCGCUUACUAGGCUUCUCAUGCGUCAAAGAUGACUGAUCAACAUGUCCUAGUCCUCCUUGUGUGGUCUAUCGAGCUUACUUGCUUUGCUGCUUUGUCUUCUCGCGCUUGCCCAUGUCGUGUAAUAGAUUAUCGUACUAGACAAGAUUCUCAACGGUCCGCGCUCAGUUGUCGUACGAACUUGCAGAUGUCGUCCGAAAUCGUACCACAGAAUGCAUUGUCCAUUGAUUUCUUCUUCAGUCGUACACUUCAUCGUGCGCCGUCGCGAUGCAUGCGAGUCCUCACUUGUAUCGGACCCGAAGUUUCGGAGGUUCUUC